AUGGCCGGUUUCGCGAACCUGUUCUACAACACCGUCGUCAAGCGCAACAGCGUGUACGUGACCUCCAUUUUCGCCGGCGCAUUCGCCUUCGGCGUUGGCUUCGACAUAGGUAUCACGUCGUUCUACGACUCGUGGAACAAGGGGAAGCAGUGGAAGGACAUUCGUGACAAAUACGUCCAGGACUCAUAG